CGUCGAGAAAGCAUUCAUGGAAGAGCGCGCGCUGUAUACUGUGUUUACUGCUCAUAUUGAAAAAAAAGUCGGCGAAGCUUGUAUAGCCAUCGCGGAGAUUCCGAAGUUGGGCCGCCGCAAGGUCCCGCUGCAUGAGAAGCACUACGGACGCAACGAGUUAAUUGCAGCAUACAUCUACAAGGAGACCAAGCAAUCAAGGACCAGAAAGCAAGUUUCAUCGCAUAUUCAAGUAUUGAAGAACACACGGAAGGAGGACUUGAUCCUCAUGGAGCUGCUGUCCGACGGUUCCCCCGAUGAGAGCAAUGACCCAACCUGGCUAGAGGCCGCCAUGGUCAAAAUCCGCAAGAUAUUCGGUGAAGAGAGGCUGCAGGAUUCGCCCACGUCACCAACAUCGCCGCUCUCACCGGACGACAACCUUAUCGAGCCAUUCGAGCUAGAGAAGCGGCGUUCGUUCGAGAUCGAUGAUGAGGAGAGGAAACCACAACACAAGCGGCAGCUAUCGAUUGCGUCUAUUUUGAACCCCGAGCCUGAGCGAGACCAAGCAGCGGAGCGCCCCAGCGGUGGUUUCUCAGGGUUUGUCCCCGAAAAACAAGGAUAUUCGAGUUCAAGUGCUGGCUACUUGAAGGAGGAGACGUAUCCGCAAGGGUUCGACAGGAAUCAUUCGGGACUGGAUACUUCAUGGCGCGAGCGUUGUGAAGCGCGAUAUUCGGAGGCCAGUUCACACGAUUCCUCGGCCUCUGGCGCUUAUAGUGCAGGAGCGAUCGAACACUCCCAAGGCCAUCCAUCCAGUCAAAAGGGUAGCGAUCUUGCGCUGUCCUACCGUAGCGAGAGGCAUGCGUUCUGGCCGAGUCAUUUCAAAUUGAUCCUGGAAGAGAGCUGUCUGUACAACACCCCUGGCUUACCUCAACUCCUAAAUCGCGAAUCGGUCCUGGUCGAGCAUUCGACGCCGUUCCACGACUCGCUUCAGUCAGAGGACAUCCGCAUCCUGGAUGAGACACGGUUUCCGUACCUGAAAGAGUCUUUUAUUCAUAAGCGAUGUCUCUUCAUACGCUGCAAGAUGGGAUUGAACCUAGAAACUUUCUCAAGGCAAGCCCGGCUGUUGUCCAAGAACCUUUUCCAAUCCAGUCAUGCAAUGACAAUAAGAUGCACUACGACCGUUUACUCUUUCGGCAAGGAGGUAGUUGGGAGCGUGGAAACUAAGCAGGCGACGUGCCAUCGUGAUCGCUUUGUGUACGAUUUCCGGAUUGUGGAUGCAUGGCUGGAAGAGUUCCUGCGCACGCUUCGAGGUGGGGCCAACGAGGAAAUGGAGUCGUCAUUACAGAACAUGACAAUUGUCCAGGAGUUUUCGAAUGUUGCGAUGGGACCAAAUGGCCCGGAUGCAGAGCCAAGGCUGGAGCCCCUGCUGGUGGUCGCGUACGAGUUCUUUGCGGGACAUGGAAACCUCAACACGUACCGUCUGACCAGUGGACCUCCCCCAGCGUCCGUUAGGGCGAGAUCACACACAUGGGACCAUCCGAUGGCUCCGUGGAGGCCUGACCAGGCAGGACCCUGGGCUGCGACCGAUGACAGACACACACACAAACGACCAUCGCUCGAGUUUGAGCAGGAAUGGCCACCACAACCAAAGAAAUAUCGCAGGGAGUUCCAGCCUGCGUUCAACUAUGCAUAAAAAAAAUUAAGAAAAAAAAAAAAAAAAACAGGAAAAAAAAA